UUGAAACAGAGCAGCAGCAUUUCUCUAGUCGAGGUGCAUGUCAGGACAUGUUGUCAUGCAUGGUGGAGAGGGCGUGGCGAAACAGGCAACCGCGGGAGUGAAAGCAAAGUGAUACCACUAUGAAACAGUCUCCCCUGUAAUCAACAUUUGGACCAUAGCUCCGUGAAAACGGGUUGGAUAAGCAUCGAUUUCCGUGGAAUAAAAGAAGACUAGACGGUUUGUAUGUGCUGACUGUUUUGACAAUCGUAGUGGGAAACGUGGAAUGUCACAAACUACAAGUGGACUUUCUUCAACAUCUAACGCAAGGACAAGUCGCGAGUCAAACAGCUUGUUGGACACAUAUUCUGAUGUCAACAAGCAAUCGACAGUGCCUCAACUACAGACAGAUUUACAGUAAUCACGAAUCAUCAGAUACAUCAAACUGCACCUGGUAUGGCCCGCCCCCAGACGGAGAGUGGAGUGGACCACCAUGGCCGGGGCAGACAACACAGCUGCCGUAUGGAGGUCCAGCGGCCAGACACCUGGCCUGGUGGCAGCAACAACCCUCUCCAGGCUGCAUACCACCAGUCCUGCCAACUGCUCCCCAACAUGGACACCCAGCCCAGGCAGGGCUCUCUGCCCCCCAGCCACAGAGAGAAGCCUCCCCAUCCCCCAGUACCCAUCCACUGGACACCCCCACAAGAGCAAGCACAGACCCAGACAGAGAGCUCCAGGACACCACAGCCAGGGAUCCCCUGCCUGACCUGCUGCCCCAGAGAGAGCGCUCUCCCCAGGCUUCUCCCCAGCACAGAGCCCCUGGAGUAGCGGACCCGCGGUUGGACAACGAGGUGGUGGAAAGAGUGGCCAACCAGCUCAAGAGAAUCGGCGACGACUUGAACGCUACGAUCCUCCAGAGAAUGGGUGGCAUCCCCCAACGGCAGGACUGGAGAGGCCUAUGUCUAGGAGUCCUCAACUUCCUCUCGGAUACCCUCAGCAUUCUGUACCGACUGAGAUAGACUGACCCUAGGGAUUGGACACGCCGGAGCUCCCUACUGGACCAAUCACAGACUGCUUCAGAAUGGACUCAGUCCGCUGGAUCGGACGAACCCCUUUUGUACAUCUUGUGUAUAUAUAUAUGUAUAUAUAUAUAUAUUUUUUUUCAAUCUCUCUUUGGGACAGCUCCUGAUGAAGCAUUCUGACCCAGGUUGGUCUCCCAGACCGUGUGGGCUUGUGUGUGUUCCUGUCCUUUCUUGUAAACUGUGAAGCACACUGAUGUGUGGUGUGGUGGCGACGUGAGGGCUUUACCUGACGGAGAGGCUAUGGCUCCUGUAUGUGUGUGUACAACUUCUUCCAAUUAAGGUCAUGGUACAGUAGAAUGAGCAAUUCAACUGCUCGACAGCAUGGCUUGAUGCGGGUACUGAGGGGCCUGUGUAGAAUCCCCUGUAAGUCACACUAUGGUUAAUACGAAUCAGUUUAUAUCGCUGGAUGAGCCAAGCUUACUGCUGGGAUAAGUUAUAGCGAUAUACUAUAUGGGAUCUGCUGUAGAGGUCGGCCUAUAGUUUCAGACAGGACCAACUUGACUUGGUAAACAGAGCCAGUACACUCUUAGUAAAAACGGUUCCAAAAGGGUUAUCCGGCUGUCCCCAUAGGAGAACCCUUUUUGGUUCCAGGUAGAACCCAAAAGGGUUCUACCUGGAACCAAAAAGGGUUCUUCGAAAGGGUUCUCCUAUGGGCACAGCCGAAGAACCCUUUUAGGUUCUAGAUAGCACCUUUUUUCCUAAGAGUGUAGUGGUGUAUAUAAAUUGAUAUGUAUGCUACUCUUCCCUUCAAAUCUGAAUACAUUUCAUUGACCUCUCUGUGCCUUUCUAUCGCUCCCAUCACCAGGACAAUCAGUGGUUGGUGUGUGGGACCCUGGAUGGAGCAGUGGUUGACACACACACACACACACACACACUGAACACUAUAUGAGCCAGUUACCAGACCAUCACUUCUAUUAUAGGCUCUGAGUUGAGCUGUAGCACUGUCGGACAAUCCCACUAUUAUUACCAGUGUUAAAUUGUUUGUAUAUAUUUGUUUUGGGAGAUGGUGGUUUGGUUUGGAGGUGGAUAGGAGGAGCCAGUAACAAGCCAUCGUGAAGACCUGUUAUCAUUGGAUGAGAUUCAAUUAGCUUUAAACGUACUUAAAUUGUAAGUUCUCUGUUUGUGUUUGAAAUCUGCCACGUGUGCAGUUGUUUUUGUCUUUGGAUCAACAGUUGGAAGCAGUUAGUGUAUUUAAAUCCAGUGGAUUUGAGAUGGUAUUUCUGGUUAAAACAUGACUUGGAUGUUUAUCUUUUCAUGAUUACUAAAGAUUACUAAAUGAUAAUCAAAUUGCCCCUCAAUUGUAUAAUACAUGUAUUGUAGUUUGGGAGAAGAAACUGAAGACCUUUGUUUAUUUUGACGUUAAACACGUUUUGUAGCAUUCUGUUUCGUUUUCAAAAAUACAAUUUGUAUUUACUUUUUCUGUGUGAAAUAAGUUUUUUUUUUUCAUUCCUAAUAAAAAAUGAAUUCUAAAUCUAUCUGAAAGCCAAGAACCCAUAAAAUGAGGAUGGAAUAAGCUUAAAGAUAAAUAUCUGACAAUAAACUGGAAUAACUUGACCAGUCAGUUCAUCCCCAGUUACACAAAGGGUGAACCAUCAACUGUGUUAGCGCAUUAAUAUCUGUCUUUGCCAAGGCAUUCCAUUGAAAAGUUUCCAUAGUCAGUUUGUACACAACUAGUUAUCUCAAAGCGUCCAGGAAAUCAGGGCUUUUAAGAAACACAAUUUUUUGUGAACCAACAGCUGUCCCUAUCAAUUCAAAGCAUUACAAAGAGGAACAACAUGUGUCCAAAUGUCUAGAAAGAGGUCACAACAACAAGCAAUGUAGUGGUUGAAAUCAGUUGAGAACGUUUGCAUGUCAAGUGGGAGAAACUGAGCCUUCACUGAAGCCUACAGUUUUAACCUUGAACCCAAGAGGUUAACACAGUCCCAACUUGCCAUGUAAACCUGAAAUAGACCUUCUGAUGGAUACAACUGUGAUCAUCCUAUUUUCUGUGUUGCCAUACUGUAUCACUUAUAAGGCCUUAACAUUACUGCAGUCUAUGCUUUGUUUUCAGUUCAGGUUAUUUAUUUUUUUGAGCCCCUUUUUGCAAUGUCAUUACACCUUUAAGCAAAGAACCUGUGAGAAUAAUCAAGCACCUUUUUUUCUGUGGGAAACUGGGCGUCCCCUAUAGCGUUCGGAGCACGUGUUGUUCAUUUCCUGUGACAGCCUCAUGACAUCCUGUGGUGUGUGCCGUGGCAUGGUUCACUUCCUGUGGCGACUAUGUGACUUCUUGUGGUUCCAUUCUCCAAUGUACUCUCUCACAGAGGGACGGCACUGCUGUAAAGUAGCACCACAUUUUUUGUGGGAAUCUCAUUCUCAGUUUCAUGCAGUGUAAAUUUGCUGUUUUUGACCUUUUUUUUUUUUACUGAACUUUCUACAUGAAAUUUUUGUACAGAUUUGUUUCCUUAUUAACAAUAAAGAUAUGAAAUCUA